GGUAUGUUGAGGAUAAGAGUGAUGAAUGGGUGUGAGACUUUAGGGUUUGAAUUGGGUCUUAUAUAAUUUUCUUGAUAAUCAUAUUUUUGAGGGUGUUUUAGAUAUAUACUUAUUUAAUUAAAGGGAAGUGUGAUUAAAAAAUAUGAAGCUUUCAACAUCAGGAUUGAGUCAGCAGCCUCAUGAAGGAGAGAAGAAGUGUUUGAAUUCAGAGCUAUGGCAUGCCUGUGCUGGUCCCCUUGUAUGCCUACCAACGGUAGGGAGUCGAGUGGUUUACUUUCCUCAGGGACAUAGUGAACAGGUCGCGGCAACAACUAAUAAAGAAGUUGAUGCUCACAUACCCAAUUACCCGAACUUGCCGCCCCAGUUGAUCUGUCAACUUCACAAUGUCACAAUGCAUGCAGAUGUUGAAACAGAUGAAGUAUAUGCUCAAAUGACGCUGCAGCCCUUGACACGGCAAGAACAAAAGGAUACAUAUCUUCCUGUUGAGUUGGGAAUUCCUAGCAGGCAGCCUACUAAUUAUUUUUGCAAGACGCUCACCGCAAGUGAUACCAGUACACAUGGUGGCUUUUCUGUUCCUCGUCGUGCUGCAGAGAAAGUUUUCCCUCCUCUGGAUUUCUCACAGACACCACCUUGCCAAGAAUUAAUUGCAAGGGAUCUGCAUGACAUUGAAUGGAAAUUC